UUCACAUUUGCGAUUAGGAUGGAGGAUAUUCGACGCUCCAAGCUAAAAAGUCGUUUUCGAUCAAUGUGGAACAACGUUCGUUUUGUGUGGACUCUACCAACUACCACCAACUUCUCACGCACUCCCAUUUGGCUCCUCGGUCGUUACUAUCACGCAGAGAAUACCGCUGAGUUAUCGCCGCUUGAUGAUCAGGAGGACUGGCAGCACUUCCGGGAUUUCCGAAUGGAUUUUAGUUCGAGGCCUUGGCUCACGUAUCGCAAUGAGUUUCCGCGCUUGGAGGGUACGAGUAUUACGAGUGAUGCUGGGUGGGGAUGUAUGUUGCGCAGUGGACAGAUGUUGUUGGCUGAGACGCUUGUGAGGCAUUUUUUGGGAAGAGAUUGGCGUGUUCAGAGAUCAAGCUCAGAGGACAUGUCGACAUACAGAGAACUGCUGCGGUGGUUUGCUGAUGUGCCAAGCGAACGAUCUCCCUUUGGAGUGCACUCACUAGUCAGUUUCAGUGUCAAAAAAGGACGAUGUGCAGGCCAGUGGUUUGGUCCUGCUCAAGUGUCAUAUCUCAUCCGAGAUAGCAUAAAUCUCAGUCACACAAUGUUUCACAAGUUGAAAUCAAUAACAGUUUACGUAGCUCAAGACUGUACAGUGUACAAGAAAGAUGUAGAAGACUUGCUGGAGAAAGGCAAAGAUGAACGAGGCGACAUAGACUGUGCUGUGCUCGUGUUGAUUCCCAUUCGUUUGGGAGGAGAAUCGUUAAAUGAAAUGUAUUUCCCUUGCAUCAAGGGGUUGCUGUCGAUGGAUUGGAGUGUUGGAAUUAUGGGAGGACGGCCGACUCAUUCUCUUUUCUUUGUUGGAUGGCAAGAUGACAAGCUGAUAUAUCUCGAUCCUCAUUAUUGUCAGAGUAUCGUCGAUGUGCAGCAAGACGACUUUCCUCUGAAGUCGUUUCAUUGCGCUGAGCCAAGACGAGUUUCUCUGAGUCGUAUAGAUCCUUCAUGCACGUUAGCGUUUUACUGCAAAGAUAAGACGGAAUUUCAGAAAUGGUGUCAUGAUGCGGAACCGAUGAUUAUUCCUCCAAAGCAGCGUGACCGAUACCCUUUCUUCACGUUUCACCACGGAAGAUGCUCAGACGUAUUGGGUGGUAUGACUCCACCACCAGCUCAGUUGUCAUCAUCGUCUCAUAGCACCCAAUCUACGGAUCAUCAUCAUACAGGAAGUCACACACAACCAACGCAAAUACAAACAUACUCACUGCAUCUUCAUGCACCCGGUGAUUCCGUUCCACUUAGGAUGAUGGGUAUGUAUAGUAAUGAUGCCGAGUAUGACAGUUUUGUUGUCGUAGACAAGACGGAUGGAAGAACAGACAAAUAUGAUGAGAGCGAUGUGAGUUAGCUGUAGAAUUGUAACAUUCGUAAAGUACAGUGUGCGGUCUUUAUUAUUAUCAGUGCUAGUAUCUAUGUUUCUAUUGAAUAGGGUUAUGUUUUAUAUUGGUAAAGAGAUUGCUAGCAAGACUCAAUUCGGGUUAACCUCA